UAGGUUAUUGUUGUUAAGAUGUCAUAUGCUCCUGAUGUUUCAAUUUUGAGUUGCAAUUAGUAUUCAUUAACAAUAAUCAUUGCGAAAAUCGAAAUUUGAAGGCAAUAUUUAGUUCAAAAAUUGAUGACAAAGUAUUAUUCAACUUGAAAUUAUAAAAUGACGACGUGUCAAGAUAAAAUGUGAUUUCUAUUGCAUAUGAUUAUUUGAUAUGUCUUCUAUUAAAGAUUUAAAACCAAUUCUGCCGAAAAAUGGACAAAUCAUUUCAGAGGAUAAUCCAACGUUACAGCUGUGUAAACCAAGGUUAAUUCCUUUGAAAAGUUUCACCUUACAAAAGCUUGAAAAAAUUCAGCAAGAAGCUUUCCAAAAAGUCCAAGAAGCUAAAGAAAAUUCUUAAUAAUGAGUUACUGGCCGCUUAUAACGAAAACCUUGUUUUCAUUUAUUCUAUCAAGCACAGUUUUAUAUAGAUAUGGCAAUUGGUUCAGACACAGGAUUAUUAUUACUUUGGUAGUGCUUUUGGCUUGGAACUUCAGUUUUUUAAUCAUUUUUGCACUUCCUUUGGAUGUUAUAUCAACUGUGUACAGACAAUGUGAAGGGAAUUUGAGUGACACACAAGUGUCUAUAUCAAGCUCUACGACACUGCAAUCGGUUACUAUUAAUAAAACAUGCCAAGUACCAAGCAGUAAUGUUCCAGAUAUUGUUUUUCCAGAAUUAUGGAGAACUGUGUAUUGGAGUACACAAUUGUUGACUUGGCUGGUCAUGCCAAUGAUGCAGUCAUACACAAAAACUGGUGACUUUUCUGUCAAAGGAAAACUUAAAUCCGCACUAAUUGAUAAUGCUAUUUAUUAUGGAUCGUAUUUAUUGAUUUGUAUUAUUUUAAUGAUUUAUCUUGCUUUAAAACCUGGGCCUAAACUUGACUGGUCUCAAAUAAAAGCUAUUGCUUCCUCGGCAAGUAAUACUUGGGGGCUUUUCUUACUAGUUCUAUUGCUAGGAUAUGCCUUAGUGGAAGUUCCUAGACAUUUAUGGCACAACGCUAAUAGAAGCUAUGUUUUAACUCAUUCUUAUUUCAAAAUGGCAAAAUUAACAUCAGAUAAAUGCGAAGCAGAAGAAACAGUGGACGAUGUACUUGAGUCUCUUCAUGCUGUAUCUCGAGUGAUCAAACCUGGUCAUUAUUUGUAUGAAGAUUUAGAAACAAUCCUGCAAAAACUUCCCAUCGAACUGAAAGAUAGAAUGAAUAGGAGGGCAAUUACAGUUGAGGAAUCAUGUAGGGACAUGCCAACAGAGAAAUCUCUUAUUGGUCUUCAUAAACAGGUAAUAAAAAGUCUUCAGGUACUUCAACGCACCGAAACUCAGUACAAUAUUCUGUUGGAGAAAAUCUUUGAUCUCGAGGACAUCCUGAAGAAUCAAAUAUCGAGAGAUAGGAGAUUCAAGAAAACAUUCCAAAAGCCACCAAACUGGUUCACAACUUACAUCUACACCCCCACUUUGGAGUGGUAUUGGAAAUGUCUCCUGUACGGUUAUAUGCAAAAAAGUCUUGCAGUUGUGGCAGCAGUUUUUUCGUUUUGUGUUGUAUGGUCAGAGUUAACGUUUUUCAAUAAGAAGCCAGUAUUAUCUAUUUUUGCUCUUAUCGUAGCUGAAGCUGGAGAAAAAUAUGAUUAUCUUACCAUAGAAUGGUUGUCUACAGCAGUGAUUUUAUAUUUGUGUUAUUGUGCCUAUUCGACUAUUCUUAAGAUACGGUUGUUAAAUUUUUAUUAUUUAGCUCCGCAUCAUCAAACAAACGAAUAUAGUUUAAUAUUUUCCGGGAUGAUGCUAAGUAGGCUGACACCUCCUCUUUGUUUAAACUUUUUGGGGUUAAUUCACAUGGAUAGCCAUGUAAUUAAAGCACAAGUAAUGGAAACGCACUACACUCAGGUUAUGGGCCACAUGGAUGUUAUCGGUAUAAUUUCCAACGGUUUCAAUAUCUACUUUCCAAUGGCGAUACUCAUAUUCGGUCUAUGUACAUAUUUCAGUUUAGGAUCAAGGCUUCUGUCGUUUUUGGGUUUUCAUCAGUUCGUUGGCGAUGAUGAAAUGACGACAGAUCUUGUAGACGAAGGCAGGGAAAUCGUAAAAAGAGAAAAGCGAAAGAGGAUAAGAUCUCAAGAAUCUUCAAACAGAAGGAAGGAAUUUCAAGAAAGAUUCCCAACUACAGGAAGGUUUAGAAAUAUUGAAUCAAAUCGGCCUUCAACAGAGCUCGAGUACAUGGACAACACAAAAUCUAACCUUUUGCGAGACUCUAAUCAAUCGACUUACAGCGGCACAAACUUCAGCACUGCUGAUAUAGACACCAGGCUGCCCUCCAAUGCCGAAGACAUCGAUUCGAGGUUUGGGGCAAGCACAGGCUUGGGUAGAGACACAGACCACAGGUUUUCUGGUUAUCAGUACGAAUCGGGUCACAAAACCAGAGUAGGAUAUCCUCCUAGAGGUAUAUUCGACGAUGUUUAGUUCUUGUCAAUUGUAUGUAAAAAAAAUGUAGCUUAUUUAAUCAAUGAAGUAGUCCACCUAAAAAUCAAUUAUGAAAUAGAUUUAGAAAAAGUUCGACAACGCAUCGAGACAUUCCACAAUCCCCCUAUGUUUUCAGAUUACGAAUUUGAAGAGCUUGUCUUUGUGAUAUUUUUUGUUUUUGUGUUAAGAUUAUGCUCAUUUUACAAACUUCGUUUUUAAUAUUAUGAAAUAUAAGUAUUUAUGAUACUAGCAUGAGAAUAAAGAAUUGUGUGUACUGAUUUAUACGAAGAACUUUUUUUUUCUCAUAGAAAUCAAAUUUAUUGUACUUAAAAUUUGAAUAUGGCUCAUUCUUGGGUUUCAUAUAUUUGGGAAAAUACACCAUAAAUACAGCUGAAA